AUGCUAAAGUCCCAGGUACAAACGCCAUAUCCUUCCGUCUGUUCCGGCGCGCGCAACCCCGCCCUCGAAAUCACGCACAACGCUCCAGAUAACCCGAAUCUCCACAAAGGCGACAAGAUGACGCCUCAAGAUGCUCCCGCCGUUCGCUUCGCUUCUUCCGUCGAAGAGAUAACGCCCACCGUCACCACGACAUCACCCACCGAGACUCUGUCUCCCACCGACGCCGCUACCGGAGAUGGAGACGAGUCUUUGGCCGAAGUAACGCCCGAUCAGCUGAGAGCUCUCUCAAAGUCCCUCCAAGGUGCGCCGUUGCAGCAGCGCCGGAUGAACGUCUUUGGCUUUGAACCAUACUCACUACCUGCAUCACGCGUCGGCUCGCGAGAAGAAGACUCUGAUAACAGUAGACUGCCGACCCCGAACUCCAGCGGACCGAAAUCGCCGCGGUUUGGUCCGGCGCAUCCGAUGCAGUCACCUCCCCUAACCCCGGCGGGGACCGAUCCAUCUGACCCGACAUCCAGAAGGAGCGGUGAUCAAAAUGACGAUCGCAAGUCAUCCACGAGCGAUCCCCAUGUCAUCACUCCUCAGGCCUCCUCUUCUCAGGACUCACCACCAUCAUCAAGCAGUAAACAAUUGCCCAUUCGAGGCAAGUCGACGGAGGAGGUACCUCAACGAUCAGCUUCUGCGGAAGAUCGAGAGCACGACACCAGAUCGCAUAGGAAGGGGAUGUUCUCUGUUGGUCCUGGAGGAUCAGUACCGGUUUCGCGAGAAUCUAGUCCAUCUCGAGCCUCACUAUACUAUUCCAAGCCCAUGACGCCAGGCGGAGAUGCCAACGACCCUUAUGCGGCUCACAAACGUCAACCACCGGCUCCGGCUCCUCAGCGCGGCCAGAUUGACUCGAGAUUUGUUUUUUCGCGCCGGAAGAACAAGCACGGUUCGCCAUCUGGUUCCACUUCGAGCCUGGGCCGAGCAAGCGACAAAAGACAUUCCGGGCUGUUGGGCAACUUGAAAGGACACGGUGAUGAGCUGCAGGUCCCUCACGAUGAUUCAGCGAGCAUCACGAGUAGACAAGGCUCCUUUGCGGACCUCAAGAGAUUCUUCAAGGUCGGCGGGCAUCACAAAAUGAAGAGGGAAGCAUCCCCAGCGUCAGUCCGCUCGGGCACCAAGACACCCCCUACGAGAGGGUCGCAACACGUUCCGUUCGGAGACGACCAUGGGCUGUCUUCAAAAUACGGAAAGCUCGGCAGAGUGCUUGGGUCAGGUGCUGGAGGAUCUGUUCGUCUGAUGAAGCGCAGUGAUGAUGGUGUUGUCUUCGCCGUCAAGGAAUUCCGACCGAGACAUUCUUACGAAACCGAGAAAGAGUACGUUAAGAAGCUGACGGCUGAAUUUUGCGUCGGAUCAACCCUACACCAUGGCAAUGUCAUCGAGACGUUGGACAUUGUGCAGGAGAAAGGCAAAUGGUACGAAGUCAUGGAAUACGCUCCGUUUGAUCUUUUUGCGUGUGUCAUGACCGGCAAAAUGACACGAGAAGAAGUCGGCUGCUGCUUCUUGCAGAUCCUCAACGGCGUGACCUAUCUCCACAGCAUGGGUCUGGCUCAUCGGGAUUUGAAACUUGACAAUGUCGUGGUCAGUGAGCAUGGCAUUAUGAAAAUUAUCGAUUUUGGCAGUGCCCAUGUUUACAAGUACCCGUUCGAGAGCGAUAUUGUUCUCGCUUCAGGUAUCGUGGGCUCCGACCCUUACUUGGCUCCUGAAGUUUACGACGAGCGAAAGUACGAUCCCCAGGCUGUCGAUAUUUGGUCACUUGCAAUCAUCUUUUGCUGCAUGACUUUGCGCAGAUUUCCAUGGAAGGUCCCUCGCAUGACGGACAACUCAUUCAAGCUUUUCGCAGCUGAGCCAACGCCGGGACACGACCCCAAGAAGCUUAUUAUGCCGUCAAGGUCUGCCAACGACCUCACAAAUACUCCUCAGAGAGACAUCUUUGAGGAUGGCAAGCACCAUGCUCAUAGACACGAAGCAAAAGAAAGCCAGAAGGAAAGUCACAAGGAGAGUCAGAAGGACGUCCAGAAGGAAGUCCAGAAAGACGGCGAGGGGGAUGCAACACAGGGAAGUGUGACGCAGCCUUCGACCAAAACCGAGGGCCAACAGCCAGCAGACAAGAAAGAGGUCAUCAGGGGUCCGUGGCGGAUCUUGCGUCUGCUUCCUCGCGAGAGUCGACACAUUAUUGGGCGCAUGCUGGAGAUCAAAGUGAAGGACAGGGCGACGAUGCAAGAGAUUCUCGACGAACCUUGGGUUGCAAACACAGUCAUCUGCCAACAACCCGAGCCGGGCCGCGUAGUGCACGCAGAGGAUCAUCUUCACACUCUGGAGCCACCACAGCCCCAGAAGUAG